CAAAUUAUCUAAACCAUGGGUAAAGUCCACGGAUCCUUGGCUCGUGCCGGUAAAGUUAAGUCGCAGACCCCCAAGGUCGCCAAGCAAGAAAAGAAGAAGGCCUUGACUGGUCGCGCCAAGAAGAGACAGGUCUACAACCGUCGCUUCGUUAACGUCACCACCACCAUGGGUGGCAAGCGCAGAAUGAACCCUGCUCCCACCGCUGGUCCCUAAAUGUGUCGCAGCAAAAUACUAGAUCAAAAUACUCUCUUUUUUGUCAAGGUUGCAUUUUUUUCACCAGUGGUCGUUGAACAUUUUGCUUUCACGCCCGAGGAAUAAAUUGAAACCCGCGCAUGACCAGAAAUCAGAAUGACCCCAAGAAGGUCCCCAGGCCAAAGCUUGAAUCGAUCAAUUCUCC